CUCUCUCUCUCUCAAGUCCAUGACAUAUUGACAUCUCAACUCAAUUGAAAGGAAUCUAUGCAAGUUGUGGUUGUGACAAAAGAAAGGAAAUUUCUCCGCUGGCAGCACACCAAACAUAAAACCCAAAGCUAGUCUCUAUUCUUGAGAAUGAGCUCGUUGAGACACCAAACAUUAACCCCAAAUCCAGUCCAUCUCUCUCUCUCUCUCUCUAAAAUGUCCAUGAUAUGUUGACACUCUCACAGGUGUGGUUCUGACAAAAGGAAAGCUCUUCACUUCCAGAACUCUUAUGUAUUAUCAUCACCUAUUUCUCUGUUCUUUAGCGGAGCUAUUCGGACACACGACACACAGGUCCCAAGAGCUGCUUCUCUCUCUCCAGUGAGAAGCAUGCCAUGCGAAUCCAUUAUUGGUUUCCUAACACUGGUCAAAGUCAAUUGAUCGAACCAUGUAAAUCUGGUGAGAAAUUCGAUAGAAAUGUCAACUUCGACAUGUGGUAACUCAAGAUAGAGACCAUUCUGGUUCAAGAUGGAGUUGAUUUGGCACUACAGGGAGUUGAGAACAUUCCAGAUGAUACAUCAAAGGAAGAUCUUGCAACAAUGGAUAAGAAGGCCCGAUCAAGCAUCAUUCUAAAUCUCUCUAACGAGGUUUUACGGGAGGUAGCUACGGAGACUACGACUAAGAGCAUGUGGGACAAGCUUAAAGCCUUGUACAUGAAGAGGACAAUGGAGAAGCCUUGUACAUGAAGAGGACAAUGGAGAAUCGUCUCUACUUGAAGAAGAGUUUGUAUAUGCUUCGGAUGAUUGAAGGUUAGAGUUUGAGGGAAGACGAAAUCGCUGAUCAAGAGGAGAAGAAGAUCUCAUGCAUGCCAUUGGUGGAAGGGAAGAACCACAGCAAGUAUGAAGUACAUGAAACUGGGAACAAAGCCAGACACAUUUUACACAGAAGAAGCUGUAAGGUGUAUAUGCAGGUCAGUGAUGUCAGAUGUACCAACAGACCUCAUUAUUCAUGUCAAUAACACUAAAUACCUCUUGCACAAGUUUCCGCUCCUACUAAAGUGCGGCCUCAUACAACGCCUCUGUUCCAACGCCGACAACGAAACUGGCCAGCCAAUUCCGAUAGCUCUUCACGAUAUCCCGGGAGGGGACGAAGCUUUUGAACUCUGCGCCAAGUUCUGCUAUGGAAUCACCAUCAAUCUCAGUGCUCAUAACUUUGUGGCAGCAAUCUCUGCAGCCAAGUUCCUACGGAUGACCGAGUCGGUUGCCAAAGGAAACUUCAUCGCAAAGCUCGAUCUGUUCUUCGAGUCAUGCAUCCUCCUAGGGUGGAAGGACUCGAUCAUGACGCUCCAGUCCCUUUGGAGACACUCUGGGUGGUCGGAUGACCAUCGAAGAAUGCAGCCGUGCAUGAACUCGGUCAUUGAGAAGAUACUCAUCCACCCCUCGCAGGUCGCAUGGUCCUAUAGCUACACAAGGCCAGGCUACACGAAGAAGCAGCAACGCAGUGCAGCCCCCAAGGACUGGUGGACGGAGGAUGUAUCUGAGCUCGACCUCGAUAUCUUCCGGUCGAUCAUUUCCACCAUCCGAUCCACCAAGAAGUUCCCGCCAGCACUCAUCGGAGAAGCGCUCCAUGUCUACGCAUUCAAACACCUCCCGAGCCCACUGGAGUUCCAAGAACAAGCUCAGAGCUCCUCAGCUCGAACUGAUGACAUCCUAAACAAGCACCAACGGGUGCUCGAGGCCAUUGUUAGCAUGAUCCCGACUGAGCCAGGAUCAGUGUCAGCCAGUUUCUUGUUCCGGCUUCUCAAGAUUGCUUGUUAUGUCGGCGCCUCUACGUCUACCAAAGCUGAGCUUAUAAGACGAUCAGGUCGCCAACUGGAUGAAACCACUGCAAGUGAUCUGCUAAUUCCAUCAACUACCGAUCCCCGGUCUCAUGAUAUCAGCACGGUGACGGCGGUCCUCGAGAGUUUCCUGUUGCAAUUUCGCCGACAUAUGCCUCGAGAAGAGACCGAGAGGAUGAUCAUGUCCAUGACCAAGGUGGGGAGGAUCUACGACGACUACCUGCAGAUCAUUGCAAGCGAUAGUACUUUACCAGUCUCAAAGUUCAUUGAACUAGCAGAGUCGUUGCCUGAAAUGGCACGGGAGGAGCACGAUGGGCUGUAUCAAGCUAUUGAUACUUACCUCAAGGAGCACGCAGAGUUGAGCAAGGCAGAGAGGAAGAGGCUCUGCAGGUUGAUCGACUGCCGGAAACUGUCACCUGAAGCACGAGCAAACGCUAUAGCCAACGACCAGCUGCCUUUGCGCACCAUAGUGCAGCUCCUGUUCAUUGAGCAAGAGAGAGUUGGCGGAGCUGGCGGUAGCAAAGGAGCUCCUGCAAUCUCAACCUUGAAUGAGUUUUCAGACGCCAUGGCAGCUCAGGAUGAGGCAAGAAGGUUUAGGCAUGGAUUGGAAGGAGGGCAUCGACGUGAAGAACCUACUAUGGGUGCAAGAACAGACAACACAACGGUGGCACCAUCACCAUCUGAACCCAAGAUUGCAAAGGAUGAGAGGAAGAAGAAGGCUGAAGGACUCGGGGACAAGUGCGACAACAAAACCAAGUAAGGAGCACACCAAAUUGAAAAAGGAUAAAGAAUGUGAUUGGUGUGGCCGCGCCCCCAACAGCGCCACCCCAACGCCACCCUCCUCUCUCUCUCUCUCUCUCUCUCUCUCUCUCUCUCUCUCUCUGAGUUAUCAUUUAUUGAUAUUUGAAAUGGUGAUCAUGAUUUUUUUUUAACCUUUGGAUACAGAUCUCCGACAUCCUUCAGUGGUGGGUGUGAUUACUUUA